AGAGGCACAAGUCGCAAAAAAACCAUCGCUUUCAAUAUUUGUACUACUCAAUUCCAAUAUAUUUCUCACACAAUCAUACUAAUCUCAUUUCUAAUCAGACACAACAAACAAACAACACAACACAAUCAUCAAAAUCCAACGUUCUUGUUCUUGUCCAAAUCCAACAUACUAAGAUUUUCAUAUUCUGGAAAAGUCUCUCCUUUUUCUCGUUUCAGAUCCUAUUUGUUCUCUUUCAGCUGAUGUGUAUAGAACAUGGGGCUUGCAAGUUGCAAUAAGGUUGGAUUUGAGUGUUAGGUUUAUUGGAAAAAGUUUGUGAAUUUGUUUUAGAGAACAAUAAUCUAGUUAAUGAUUUGGUGUUUUUUGAGGAAAGUAAAGUUCUAGGGCUUGUAGUUGUUGAGGUUGUUGAUGAAGCAUUGACUGUGAUGAUGACAGGUUUUGUUUUGGGUUGAAAGUGUGUUGAAUGGGGAUUCAAACAAUGGGUUCUCAAAGUAACGGGCAACAGUCUCAUUUACAGGCUAAUCAGUUAGUUAAGCAAAAUUCAUGGUAUGGUCUUACUCUCGAUGAGGUUGACAAUCUACUAGGAGAUUUAGGAAAGCCGUUAGGGAGCAUGAAUCUUGACGAGCUUCUUCAUAAUGUAUGGACUGCUGAAGGAAAUAACGUUGUAGGGGUAGAGAGCGAGCAUGUUUCGUCUUCGUCUUCUCUUCAACGUCAGGCUAGUAUGACGUUGGCUCGUGCUUUAAGUGGGAAAACGGUGGAUGAUGUAUGGAGAGAAAUCCAGCUAGGUCAGAAGAAACAAUAUGGUGGAGAUGAUGUGAAAAUUGAGGACAGGGAAAUGAGUCUUGGUGGUACAACGUUGGAAGAUUUUUUAGUACAAGCAGGGCUUUACGCUGGAGCUUCUGUUAGUUCGACGGUGGGGUUGGAUGCAAUGGAUACUGCUAUUCCUCAAAGCUUUCAACCGAAAACAAGCUUGUUAUCCUCUUCUUCGAUUAGUAGUUUGUCAGAUGCAAAACCGGGUCGUAAAAGGGAUGGACCUGAUGCAUACGAGAAGGCUCUGGAAAGGAGGCUGAGAAGGAAAAUCAAGAAUAGGGAAUCUGCUGCUCGUUCACGAGCAAGAAAACAGGCUUACCAUAAUGAACUGGUUACCAAGGUUACUCUGCUAGAACAGCAAAAUACGCAGCUCAAGAAAGAGAAGGAGUUUGAGCAGAGGCUACCGCCUGAACCAUCACCUGAACCGAAAUAUCGCCUUCGAAGGAUAAGUUCUGCCCUUUUCUGACAAAGUGACCAUCAUUGAAGUUUUCUUGUUCCUUAUGUUCACGGCUAUACAUUGAAGUGUCCUGGAUAAAGAGAGCAUAACUUCAUUGCACAGUGUUGCUGCCCCUGGUGUGCUUUCGCUACAAUAGUAGCGUGUUCAAUUUAUAUCUAUAUUUAACUAACUAAAGGGUAUAUAUUAGCUAAGGUAGGCUUCACUGCUUUGCCGGGAAAAAUUAUCAGGAAUGAUUCGAGUCUCGUGGUGGAAGUGUCGCUUGUUUGUGAUUAUUAGGAAAUCUAGUUCGUGAAAAAGGUGACUAACUUCCAAAGCAACCGAAACUAAUAUUGCAGGGUUGUAAUAGACUUAAUCUUAGUCGUUAUGAUGAUUAAGUUAUGGAAAAGUUGGUGUGCUGUGUAGAGAAAUUUACUUGAAAGAUUAAAUAGCAAAAGAUCAAUUAGUUUAUGAUAUGUUUGUUUUUAUGGAAUUCUGUCACCAUUGAUUGAGAAAUGA